AAAUUUUCUUUUGUAAGAUCUUAUGACCACCUUUCAUUUGCCCAGAAGGAAGCAUUGAGAUAAUCAUGGGACCAAUGAAAGACAAAGCCCUCUGUGGCGACAUCACCAUGGAGACAACAACUAUGAUUCAUGUUUGAAAAUAAUAGUGUAUGACUAUGUCAUAGUCAGUCCAAUGUUGUAGCUGGACAGGACAGUGUGACACAGUUAAUGAAUUGAAUAAUUGCAUAGAGCAUAUCUGGAUUUUUAAAUAAAUUGUGUGAUAGGCUAAUUGCCACAGUUAAAAGACCAAUUUCUUCAUAGGCAGGCUGAACUAGGCAGCUAUUUAGCAUACAUUUAUAAAAUGAAAAUUUCUAUAAUCCUCACUUACUUCUCUAACCCUUAAAAAACAGCACAAGCUAGAUUCUUCUCAAAAGUAUUUUACUUGCUAAAUACAUUGAUGUGAAGACAUCUUGUACUGAAUUUCAUAGCACUUUUAAAAGUUGCUCUGGAUUAGAGCAUCUGUCUAAUUAUAUUAAUUUGAUUCCAUGGUAACAGCGGCAAUGGCAGCAGGUAGGAGACCCAGUUCAACGUCCUCAAACUCCAGCUCUUUCAGAACCAACUCCAACAUUCCGACCCUGAGCCUGGGAAGUGCUAGAAUUACUUUCCCUGUGAUGGUGGCUGUGGUUUACGGAUUUUCUGUGGCAAACCUGGCCCAAGUGAAGAGGUGCCUUGAUGAACUGGUUUCCGAGGAGUGCACCAGCCAAGACGUGGUAGACAAGCACCUCCACCACCUUACAGAAAAGGAGAAGCAAGAUAUCAUUGAAGCGAGCCAGAGGCACCAGGUCCGCAUCACCAUGCUCCAAAACAAGCUGACAGUGUCGGGGAAGAGGGACGAUGUCCUUUCGGUCAUCCUGCAGAUCAAAGACUCCCUGCAGAGAGCCCAGAAGAGAGAGGACCAGGAGCGGGAGGAGAGAAGGAUAUGGCAGACCGUCCGCUGGGAGGUGGGCGGGUCGGACAGCUGGACAGGCCUGAGGCAGCGAAUCAACUACAAUCUGGAGCUGGCUUUCCACAGGAACGACAAGUUAUACAUUUACCGACACCAGAAGGACAGCUUCACAGUGGAUUUUGAGAAGAUGCAGCAAACGGACAGCAGAGGACAAAUCGCCAGAAUCAAGAGGACCCCUCUGUCCGACUGUGAAACAGCUAUCAUUACAACACCACCUACAUGGACCAAGAUGGACGGAAAAGAUCUGGACAUCAUUGUGCUCUCUGAAGAAUCAAAUGAAUAUCAGAAAAUUUGCCAAGAAUUUGCGCACACCUGCCAGGUGUUUGCUCAGAAACAAAAAUACAUUGAAAUGGUCCAGAUCCAGAGAAUCCAGCACCAUGAGCAGUGGAGGAGGUACACAGUAAGCAAACAGGCAUUGGAUAAAAAAUAUCCGAAAAACAAUAACGAGCAGUUCCUGUACCAUGGAACUACCAAGGACAUCUGCCAGAAGAUCAACAAGAACGGCUUCAACCGCAGCUUCUGUGGCAGAAACGCAACAGUAUAUGGAAGCGGAACUUACUUUGCCAAGGAGGCGUACUACUCAUGCCAUGACAAGUACUCCAGUCCCGAUGAGAACGGCCACAAGUACAUGUACAGAGCCCGCGUACUGACGGGGAAGCCCUGCCUCGGACUGCAGGGCAUGAGGGAGCCGUCUCCAGUGGACCCCAACGACCUCCAGGCGGGCCUGCACGACUGUGCCGUGAACGACCUCCAGGACCCCUUCAUUUUUGUUAUUUUCUCAGACUCAGGGGCCUACCCUGAAUACCUCAUCACAUUCAAGACAGUGUAUUGUGGAUGGGAGAGCUUUUACCAAUGAGCCAAUCUGUGCCUUCUUAUAACAAGUAAAUAUGAUCACGACCAUUUUAAGAAAUUUGUUUAGAGCAGAUUAUUUGUACCAGAGUAAGAUCAGGGGUCUUUGAAAACCUUAAAAUACAAAACCAAAACUGAGUAUCAAAUACAUUUUAAUUAUAGUUUUAAAUGACAUUGAAUGUCCAUACAGUUCUUAAAGAUGUCUUUGUAUAAACUUACACCUUCUGCUGUCAGUUCCCAUCAGACUGUUAAAGACUGAAUGUAUGGAAUAGAGUGCAUUAGUAAAAUGGACCACAUUGGAAUAUCUUUAUUAAAGAUUUUAUAAUGUUUGCAAUUCA